AAAAUAAAAGACUAGCCCAACUGGGUUUUCAGUAAUGGGCCGAAAAGGAAGCCCACAAUUCUGUAAGAAGGAUUAGCUCUAAUUUCCUCUGCUUCGAUAAAAGACAAAAAACGAAACAACAAAAUGGCGGGAAAUUGUUUUUUUGGGGUUCGACAAAUAAGCAGAAACGUGGCGGCCGUAAGUGGCUCCACGGCAGUUGUACGAGAGUGAUAAUUUGUCUUGGUUCGAACCAGCCUGGAAACGGUAAUAUGUGUCCGUACAGCUUAAAAUCUCAUCUCAAUGAGAACAACGGAAAUGACGGAUUUGCCCCAAGAAAGCUGUAAAACGAGGGUAAAACGGGAACUUUCGACUUUAUUAGACGACGACACCUCUCGUCACUCUCUUGUCGAGACUCUUCUUACCAGAAGAGGUUUUUUGAAAUGGCGGCGAUGAAAUACAAAGGAAGUGUUUUCAUCAUAUCAGUCAUCCUUCUUCUUUCGUCCCCACUACUUGCUCACUCUUCUUCUACAAAAUCUUUCUUUUGGUUAGGAGAAACACAAGAUACGAAAACCAUGAAAAAGGAGAAGGAGAUUAACGGAGGAACAGCUAAUGAAGUUGAAGAAAGACAAGUUCCGACUGGAUCCGACCCUCUUCAUCAUAAACACCUUCCUUUUACUCCAUAGAUUCAUUCCUUUCAUUUUUCUGUUAUCUUCUGUUUCCCAUUGUUGGCAUAUUAGUUUGUAAUGCUUUUCACAUUCCAGUUUUGGGUUUUGUUUAUCCGAAUGUUUAAUUUUGUUAUUUCAGGUUGAAAAUGAUUAACUUCGUUAA